GGUUCCGGCUGCCGGCGGGAGGAGACAUGGCGGCGUGUGCGUCGGCACCUGCCGGGGAGGAGGACUGGGUCCUUCCCUCUGAAGUUGAAGUGUUAGAGUCCAUCUAUCUGGAUGAACUACAGGUGAUUAAAGGAAAUGGCAGAUCUUCACCGUGGGAGAUCUUCAUCACUCUGCAUCCUGCUACUGCAGAGGACCAGGAUUCACAGUAUGUCUGCUUUACUUUGGUGCUUCAAGUCCCAGUACAGUAUCCCCAUGAGGUGCCACAGAUCUCUAUCCGGAACCCCCGAGGCCUCUCUGAUGAACAGAUCCACAAAAUCUCACAGACACUGGGCCACAUGGCCAAGGCAGGGCUGGGUACUGCCAUGCUCUAUGAACUCAUUGAGAAAGGGAAGGAAAUUCUUACAGAUAACAACAUCCCCCAUGGCCAGUGUGUCAUCUGCCUCUAUGGUUUCCAGGAGAAGGAAGCCUUUACCAAAACACUGUGUUACCACUAUUUCCACUGCCACUGCCUUGCUCGGUAUAUCCAGCACAUGGAGCAAGAGCUGAAAGCUCAAGGACAGGAACAAGAACAGGAACGGCACCACGCUGCCACCAAAGAGGAGGCAGUUGGUGUGCAUUGUCCAGUGUGCAGAGAGCCCCUCGUGUAUGAUCUUGAGUCACUGAAAGCAGCCCCUGAACCCGAACAGCCCAUGGAGCUCUAUCAACCGAGUGCAGAAAGCUUGCGCCAGCAGGAAGAGCUCAAGCAGCUCUACCAGAGGCAGCAGGAGAGGGGUGGCAUCAUUGACCUUGAAGCUGAGCGGAAGCGGUAUUUCAUCAGCCUUCAGCAGGCAUCUGCCUCCCUGGAACCUGAGGCAGCGGUAGAUGUCUCCAGAGGAGCCCACCCACCACCUGAUGCCCUUGCCACAGAACAGUCUACUUCACCAGCUGCCCAGCCCACGCUGCCAGCUCCUUUGCCUGUGGCUACCCAGUAUAUGUGUGAGAAGAUUCCAGGGACUGAGCCAAAUGAGCAGAACUUGGGUGAGACUAAGAAAACCAUGCUAGAUCCCCCUCAGGCCAAUCAAGGGUCCUGGCAACAGCCCAAUCGGAGGUACCUGAAGGGAGGGGAGUUCUCUGCCACCAGAGGUGCCAGUGAUACCCGAGAACUGCCAGUUUCAGAGAGGUCUGUCAAGGAGCCUGUCAACCUGAAUCUGGAACCCCAAAAUCAAGAGGUUGAAGGUCUUCCCCAAGAAAAAGGACCUGGCAGCAGGCAGGGCCCUCCACCCCGAAGGACUCGCGACUGUGCUCGACGGGGGCGCUCCAAAGGCCGGACACCAGGUUCUUCUUACCCCCGCCUUCCUCGGGGCCAGGGAGCAUACCGGCCUGGCGCUCGGCCUGCUACUCGGAAGGACCCCCUAGGUCUGGAGCCUGAGGAUGGUUCCUAGCAGUACUGUAGGGGGGAAAGGGAAUUGGGGCUGGGAGGGGAACAAUAAAGACAUUUGGCCUU